AUGGGCUUGCCUCAAGUUCCUUCCGGCAAGAUUGGUGAGGAAACAGCCACAUCAAUGAGCAUGUUCAUGCAAAUUCCAGUUCGAUUUGCUGGUGGGAGCAGCUGUGAUAUGAGUGGAAUGCACAUAGGUCACUUGAGCAGUCGAAUGCAUGGGUCUUCAAGAGAACACGUGAAGGAUCUUGAUAUUGUUAGUUUGCACAAUAAUGGUAUAGCCAACAUGCAUAAGUUGAGGAUUGAUUCUGCAGAAAAGAAUGGCUUCUUGUCACAUAAUGGUGGAAAAAAUAUUCAAAGUCCAGUUUCUAGGAUUGUGGGUUUUGAAUCAAGUGCGUUAAUUAACCAUAAUAAUCCGCAUGGAGAGAAACAUGCAGUUGGUGUCCAUUCACCCCCUAGCAUUAGUAACACUUCCGAUGUGACUGAGACCUCAAGUUCACUGGUCAGGAAACGGUUAUUAUCGCCAUUAAAUGGCAUGCUCUUGCCUGAUAAAUUAAGUGGUGAAUAUCUAGACAUUGGCAGUACAGCUCAUCCCCGCUUACAAAGUGGUAACUACAGUAUGAGUCUGAAAGAGAAUAAAAAAGCUAACAUAGGCAACUUGGACUAUUCGAGUCCUCUAAUUUGGUCUUUGUCUAGUUUUCCUGGAACAAGUGGUCCACGGGAGGAAGAUAAUGAGACAAACUCGAGUAUAAUCACUGAUGGGCCUAAAACUGAGCUUAGUCUUUCGUCAUUCCAUGAAGUUAGGCAUUGUAGAAAAACAACUACAAUACGACCCAAUAAUGGGGCAAUGGACAUACCACGAGAAAGGGUUGUCUCCUCACCAUUGGCUCUGUCUCCUCUUGGACCAAAAUUUUUUGGAACAAUGAGAAAUCCUGGUGCAUCUAGAGAUUCCAUGAAAGAGUCUGAUGAGAGAUGUAUAAACUUCAUGGAAGUGGAACAGUCUCUUGAAGAAACUUUCUCAAAGGAGUUCACUUCUCUUAGAGAUGAGAAUCCUUCACUUGCAAGCAGAGUGUUUGAAGAUGAUGGGAUGUUGUCUGUUGCUACUGAAAGAUUAACUUCCAUACAAGAACAAACUCUGUCUAUUGCAACUCAAAAUGCAAAGUUAGGUAGAACUCUAAGUGGACUAUCUGUCAGAAGGUCCUUGGUUGGUUCAUUUGAGGAGUCACUCUUGUCUGGUCGAUUAGCUUCAGGAAUGGUCAGCCAGAAAUUUGAUGGUUUCCUUGCCGUUCUUAAUAUCACCGGUGGAAAAUUUUCUCCCCAUCCGCAGAAACUACCAUUUGCAGCAACAAGUGUGGAUGGUGACAAUUACUUGCUGUACUAUUCAUCUAUAAAUCUUGCUGGACAUUUACCGUCUAACAAGUGUAAAGGCCCAAAAUUGAGACGGAGUCUCAGUGUCAGUGGCUCCUGUGACGAGAAAGCUCGUCUGCGAAUACCUAUGAAAGGGCGCAUACAGUUGGUUCUAAGCAAUCCGGAAAGAACGCCUAUCCAUACAUUCUUCUGUAACUAUGAUUUGAGUGACAUGCCUGCUGGCACUAAGACAUUUUUACGCCAAAAAGUCACUCUAGCUAUGGAUAAAGGUGGACGUAAAGACCCUGAUACAAGAAAUGGCGCCACACAGCCCGAAAUUUCAAAAUUGGGCAAUUCUUUGCAGCAUAGGGAGGUAUUUGAUGGUUCACUUGGAGUCGAUACGCAUAGUGAAUUAGACAGUGAUUCAUGCAGAAAUACUAAUGUAGUGGACGAUGUCCCAUUUAUCUUAUCUGACGGAAAUGAAAGCCGAUCUGUACGUAGCCCUUCAAAGGUUAAUGAGAAUACCGCAGGUUCUGGUGUUCUGAGAUAUGCUUUACAUCUCCGUUUUCUGUGUCCCCAUCCAAAGAAACAUGGGAAAACAUUCCAGAGAUGCAAAUCUGGGUCAUCUCCUCUGCCAGCAAGGAAUGGUGUGGACAGCGAAGCUGAACGCCGCUUCUACUUGUACGAUGAUAUGAGAGUCGUGUUUCCUCAGCGCCAUUCGGAUUCUGAUGAGGGCAAGUUACACGUGGAAUAUCACUAUCCAUCAGAUCCGAAGUACUUCGACAUCAGUCCAUAA